AUGGCCGCAACCCAAGAGUAUUAUGAUCAGGUCCAGGGGGAUGAGGAGCAUGUGCUGGCACUGGAAGACGGGCGCCAGUUAGCAUAUGCGACAAACGGCCCACCGGCCUCGCGCGUCCUCGUCAUUUUCUUCUCAGGCCUGUUCAGUGUCGGGAGAGCUGCUGAUGUCCCGGCACCUCUCCGCGAGCUUGGUGCUCGUUGGAUAUCGCCUACACUGCCCGGCUUUGGCAACUCGAGCCCGAGGAAGCCAGGCGAUGCAUACCACACCUCACUCAUCAGGGAUAUGAACGCCCUCUUGGCCGAGCUCUAUCCCACGGGAGAGUUCGACAGCCUAUACGUCAGUGGAGGGUCCUAUGGCACGGUUCAGGCUCAAAUGCUGUACGGCGCCUCGUACGACGACUUCCCUGCUGGGCGCAAAAUCGCAGGGUGCAUGUUGCUUGCUGGCUUCGCGCCCUUCAAACAUCAGGCCAACUACACGCGGGAUCUCAGUUGGCAGAAUUACUUCUCUGUCGGGCCACCAGCAAGAUAUGUUCCAUUCUGGCUGCUUCAGCGACUUGUAUCUUCAGUGAUUGCAAAGAAGAUCAAGACACAGGAAGGCGCCGAGCAAUUUCUCCAGGAGUUUCUGUUCUUGAAGAUGGAUGAUAACGAAAGAAGAAAUUUCGCCAGCUAUCUCGCCAAGGUGAACAGAACAGAGGCUGGAUUCAUCACCAAGAUGGCGGAAGGCACAAGGAUGGCAGGUAUCCGAACAUGGCAGGGCUUUUUCGAGGUGGCUGAUGUCGUUCACUCAGACUGGGGGUUUUCACCAUCAGACCUCGAUGACGAACAUGCUUCCAAGCCAAUGCUGAUCGUGGGUUCGGAAAAGGACGACACGGGCGGGAGCUCCAACGUUUGGCUGUCGGAAAACUACAGGAAUAGCGUGCUUAGGGUCCUACCUGGCGGACAUAUCUCUUCGCUCUAUUACCUUGACGAUCUAUGGGAGCAAUUGAUAAAGUCGAGCCGGGCGGGCCACUGA